CGGGCGAGGGCGGGGCGCGGGGCGGGGGGCGCGGCGCGAGGGACCCCGUGCGGCUGGCGCGCGACCUGCUGCACGACACCACCGCCAACCCCUCCGACGCCACCAGCCUCUCCAUCCGACUCUCCCUCGUCAAGGCGCGCGAGGAGGAGUUGUCGGCGCUGCUGCAGGAGAUGGCGGCGCGGCGCCCGCCCCGCGACCAGCACGGGGAACAAUCUGAUAACCUCUACAAGGAAGUCGAGAAGACGCAGGCCAGCCUGGGCGCGCACCGCGAGUUCAUCACCAGCAAGCUGUCGGCGGUGAGCAAGUACAGCGCGCGGCUGGAUGACGUCACGAGCUGGGUGCACGAGACCCGCACGCGCCUCAACAUCGCCGCCGACCUGCCGCCGCCGCAGGCCGCCGCCGUGCGCGCCAACGUCGCGCGCGCGGUCCAGGAGCGCUCGAGCUGGGUGCGUGACGUGAUCGAGAACUACAACAACCUGGAGCGCGAGUGCGUGGCGGCCGCGCACCCCGUGUGUCCGCGCCUCGCGCUGCGCCACCUCGCCCUGCGCGCGCACUGGGACGACCUGCUGCCCGCCGCCCCCAACCCCCCGGAUAGGAGCGGUGAUCUGUCAGCACGUCGCCGCUCUUCGCAGCAGUCCCCGGCUGCCCUCAUCGCAGACUUCGACACCACCGUGCAACAGGUAACUCACCAUAGCCCCGACAUCCUGUCAACUACCAACCUGCUUCUGUCGCACUGUCAUGUUCCUAACAACUGUUAUUGUCGCUGA